AUGCCACACAAGAUUGCGGCCCUCAGGGUCGUGCCCCUGGACACCCAUGUUCGCAAAUCCUCUCAAAUCGGGGCCCAAGUGAUUUUGCCCGACUCAAUGACGCUCUUUACUCCGCAGGCGCUGACGGAGAAUGACACCCAUAUUUUGCGUCAAGCUCUUUUUGAUCACGGUGUGCUAGUUAUUCGAGGUCAAUUGGGAAUAGCUCCGCAGAUCCUUUCUGAGAUUGCAAAAGUCUUUGAUCCGCAAGCGAAAAAUGUUCAUUCUGGAGGCAAAAUGCAGGUUACAGAUUCCAAGAACAUAUUGUCACAAAACAAUUGCUCGAGAAUUCCACGGGCACCCCAGGUUACUGUUAUUGGAAAGGGCGAUGUAGAGGGUUACGAGGGAAUUCCACACUUAGAACUGAAACACCUGGAUCAAUCGUCUUUUCACGAACAUCCGUUGUCAGAUGAUGAGAUAGAAAGAGGAUGCACGAGACCGUAUCGAUGGCACAUGGAUGCGCCGUUGUACGAGAGCUUACCUGGAUUUGCAACGUCAAUACAUGCCAUCGAGGUACCACAUGUACCGGAUCAACAGCUCCAGUUCCCCGAUGGCAAGAGCAUGCCUGUUGCUGCCGGCGCCACCCUUUUUUUUUCUGGAGCUCGCAAUUUUGAACUUCUGUCACCCGAAGAGCAAGAAUUCGCCUGCAAUACCACUGUUCAAUAUGCUCCACGGGCCUAUGAAUGGAUAAGAAACUGUAAAGCUUCCGCAGAUGGAUUGACAAUUGAGUCACUGGGCCGAGAGAAGGCAUUCAACGAGCUCUUGGAAUGGAACUGGGAAGAGGUCCAGGCAUUUCCAAUGGUCUGGAAAAAUCAUGGAAAUGGAAAACCGCAUCUCCAGAUUCUUGGAUGCUGCGUUUAUUCUCUCACCACGACAGACCCUGUGACUGGGAAGUCAAUUGUAAUUGACGACAUCCAAGAAGUCAGACGGAUUUGCUAUUCUUUACAAAGCAAAGUCUAUGCGCCAGAAAAUAUAUUUGCGCACAGAUGGGAGCAAGGAGACCUUGUCAUGUUCCAUAAUCGUGGCUUGUUACAUAGCAUAUCGGGUCAACUGUCACAUUACCCUGAUAAGCGGUUAAUGUGGCAAUGCAGUAUGGCUAGUGGAGCUCUACCUGAAGCUUAUAAUAUCACUGGGGCUUGA